CUUUAUGGCGGGGACAAGAAGAUGAUAAUAAACAUGCUAUUGAUUUAGUUAACGCAUUAAAAAAAAAAUCUUAAACAAUUGUACGAUCGAAGCCGAGGUUUGACGCUCAGGGGAAUGUUUUUUUAUUAUGGAUCAGAGGCUAAAAUCUUUUAAAAUGAUAACAAUUUAAAACAAUAAUAACAAAAACAUAGAAAUAUUUUUUUGUAAAUGUAUUUAUGUACGCAAGCACAGUACAACCAAUGCGACAAUAGAAUGUAGGCGUUUAUACGAUUCAGACACUACCACACAAAGCCCUGAUCGCACAAUGAUGAUGGUGAUGAUGACGAUAGAGAAGCAUAUGCAAUCUACAGUGACUGGCGUUUAUAAAGUGCUCCGCCUUCCUUUGACCUGCAAGAAACUGUUGUUUUUCUUCAGUCGGUGGCGCAGACGACGAACCAAGUUUGGGCAUUAUUUAAUGUUUGUUGACCACCUAAACGAGGAAGCGUCAAGUCGUGGGCGUUAACGGCGGAGCUGUGGUCGUUGUCCGUGUGGGUUGCGCGGGGCUUUUACCUUGGAGACCCCGGAAGCCGCCAGGUGAAGAGCAGCAGAGAGACGCACCAGUAAAGACACACUCCCAACUGUCACUUGUUUCGGUGUCUCGUGUGAGUCCAGCAAUGUUCGACCUUUGACAUGAAGAUUCAUAAGAAGAUCCUGCUGCACUACCAGUCCUGCGACUCCCCGGUUGACAAGGAGGGUUACCUCUACAAGAAGGGGGUGCGCAACUCCUCCUAUCAGAAGCGCUGGUUCGUCCUGAAGGGGAACCUGCUGUUCUACAAGGAGCGCCGGUCAGAGCGCGAGCUGCUGGGCGUUCUGGUGCUGGAGGGCUGCAGCGUGCAGCUCUGCGAGUCGGACGAGCGCUUUGCCUUCUCCGUGGUCUGGAGCGAGUCUCACGUGGCCGGCGGCCGCGUGUACAAGCUCGCCGCCGAGGACCAGUCCACCCAGGAGAGCUGGCUCAAAGCCCUGCUCUCGGCCAACCACGCCUACCUGCAGCUCCUGCUGAUGGACCUGGAGGCUCGCUAUCGGGAGCUAGGCGGGACGUCCCAUCCCGUCCCCCUCAAACCGGCGCCCUACGCCCCUCCGGGUGCUACAGCUUCCUCUUGCACGGCCAAACAACUCCUCCCGGCCCCUCCCGUCCCCCACAAUGCAGCAAUCAGGAAGUCUCCGAAACUGUGGCCAAAGAGAAAUGCAAAUGUGGCGCCCAUAUCUGGGCCCGCCCCGCCUCAGAGGGAGUGGCUAGAGUUUGGGUUGGGACACCAUGAGGAAUUUAUUGAAUUACACACCGAGUUUGGAAAGGAGGUCAUGGAGCUGAUCGCUGAGCGGCUGAGACAUGGACGGGAAGGGGAGGAGGCCGAGGCAGAUCUGAUUGAUUUUGGAUGAUAUGCAAAGUCUUUCAUGGAAAUAUAUUGUUUUACCCGCUCGGAUAUUGAGGUGUAAACUUGUAAAUAUUUGCGAUAAACACUGUUCGGAGGACCUUUUGAUUCCGUCUUCGUCGUUCAAAGCUUUUAAAUCAUCACUGUUUGGAGUCUCAGGUCUAUGUGUGUUCUGUUAAUAAAUUAACUUUUUAUUCCACCUUUGCUCUUUUCUUCAAUCAGCUGCUCUCUUAUCAACUUUGUAUCAGCAUGUCUGGGGAGCCCCACCCUGCAUACGCACACAAACACACACACACACCAAUCCCCAGCCUUACUGAGCAGUGUUUAAAAUGGACAAAAGGAUAAGAUCAUUGAUAUUAGUUAUUGAUAGAUUAUAUUAGAUCAAUUAGAUGUUAGCAGUAAUAAAAGGAUUAUGUUAUUAAUUAAAAUAUAAAGUAA